UUUUCAAGCCUGUUUAGAUAGUGGCGGGAAUAAUCGGCUUUGAAAUCGUCGAUCUUCAGUCUCCAUAUAAUUCUUAGACAGACCGAACGCUGUCCAGCGUACCGCUACUGCAAAAAAGUGACAAAUCGUUUUUGUUAACUAAUAAAUAGGCUCAAAAUGAAAAAACUCACUACAAUAGUUCCGGUGCUAUCCUUUGUUAUAGUUUUUUUAUAUAACCGACAUUUCACCUACGAUUAUGUAGAGGUGCAAAUUGACAAGGGGAUUUUGAAGGGAUUUAAAACAACAACCGGAAGAUCAAACGCUGAUUAUUACGCUUUUAAAGGCAUUCCCUACGCCAAACCACCAGUUGGAGAACGAAGGUUCAAGGCUCCCGAAGAAGAAGCAGCAUGGGCUGGGGUUCGGGAUGCUCUAUCCCACGGAAACGUAUGUCCACACCUGGAUUUGGCCUUUGGGUUUCUUCGUGGCCAAGAGGACUGUUUAUACCUGAAUGUUUACACUCCUUCGGUGUCUUCGGAGGGUCCCUUGCUUCCUGUUAUGGUUUGGAUACAUGGGGGAGGUUUUGUUUUGGGGUCUGGUAACGAGGAAGUUUAUGGUUCUAACUAUCUCCUUGAAGCAGGAGUGGUACUUGUCACAUUGAAUUACCGUCUGGGUGCUUUAGGGUUCCUAUCUAUCGAAGAUGAUGAAGCUCCUGGAAAUGCAGGGCUUAAGGAUCAGGUUGCUGCACUUCGAUGGGUCCGAAGAAACAUAAAACAUUUUGGUGGUGACCCAGAAAGAGUUACUCUUUUUGGAGAAAGUGCUGGUGGAGCUUCUGUGCAUCUCCAUCUUCUAUCGCCCUUGUCGGCAGGACUUUUUUCACAAGCCAUUGGACAAAGCGGCUCUGGUGCCAAUCCAUGGGUGAUAUCGCACAACGUUUCAAACAAUACGAUCAGACUUGCGGAAUGUCUUGGUGCUAAGAAUAUCGAUGGGGAUAAAAGACUGGCAUUACAAUUUCUAAAAACUGCACCUUAUGGGGAUAUUAUUAAAAUUCAGUCAACUUUGAGAACUUCGGAGGAAGUACGUACGCGUGUAGCGUUCUUGUACACCCCGUCUGUUGAGACUGGAGUCAAUGUAGAUGAAGCAUUUCUUCCGGACCAUCCAAUGGAGAUUAUACGCUCUGGAAAAUUUAACAAGGUACCUUACAUCACAGGAUACACGAGUCACGAAGGAUACUUGUUCAUGAAAGAGUUAACGAAACCAGAGACAAUGAACGCUGCUUACGAAGACACUGCGAGAUACGUUCCGCGUGAUAUCAAAAACGAAGAGUUCAGAAAUGCUCUAGGAAAAUCAAUCAGGACUUUUUACUUUGAGGAUAAACCAAUCGGGACUGACAAUAUAUCGAAUCUAGUCGAUCUUUACACAGAUACGACUUUUGUCGCAGGGAUAAACAUAGCGACCAAACUCCAGCUCUCUGUGGGUCAAAGCCCGAUAUAUUUUUAUCUUUUCUCUUAUGAUGGUGGAUUGAAUCUUCUGAAAUAUUUCUUCAAAAUAAGCCUUCCUGGUGCGGCGCAUGGAGAUGAACUCGGUUAUCUAUUCAACCAUCAACUCCUCUUUUGGAGAAAGGCAGAGCCGGCUUCAGAAGACGAAGACGUCAUGUUAAUGAUGGUACGGCUGUGGACUAACUUUGCUAAAUAUGGCAAUCCAACUCCAAAGGGAGACUGGACUGGAAGUCGACUGGAACUCGACUGGAAGCCUACAACGGCGGACAGAUUCAAUUAUUUGCACAUCUCAGGAAGGGAUAGUAAGCUUGAGGUUAACCCAAACGCGAAACGUGCAGAGUUUUGGGAAAAGGCUUACAAGCAAUACGCAGCACUUUCAUCGUGACCACAUUUUUUGAGGUAGACAAUUCAUGAAACACUCAAUAUAGUUGUUAUUGAUUUUUUUUCUUACGAGUUAAAUCAUAUUCUUACGUUCAAUCGUAACCAGGCAGAUUCCUCGCACUGCUUAGGACACGAUUGCGAAUCAUAAGAACUAUUAUUGAAAUAUCAAUAAAUAAGUGGAAUGGGA